CAACUAGUACAUCGUCAUUCACCAACUCAACAAAAACAACAAAAGCACCACCACCGCCAUGGCUGAGGAGAAGCACCACCGCCACCUCUUCCACCACAAGGACGAGGGGAAACCUAUAGAGACGGGCAUUUACUCUGAAGCUGGAUACACUACCCAGGCUAAUCCUGAAGUUGACUAUGAGAAGGAGAAGAAACACCAUAAGCACAAGGAGCACCUCGGCGAGCUUGGGGCUGCCGCCGCCGGUGCCUAUGCCUUGUAUGAGAAGCAUGAGGCAAAGAAGGAUCCAGAGCAUGCUCACAGGCACAAGAUAGAAGAGGAGGUAGCAGCAGCAGUAGCAGUUGGUGCAGGUGGGUUUGUGUUCCAUGAGCAUCAUGAGAAGAAAAAAACCAAGAAAGAAGAAGAAGAGGCUCAUGGCAAGAAGCAUCACCAUCUCUUUUAGUUUAAUUAAUAUAUAAUUACCACCCUAAUCUUAAUUAAAUAAUAUUGUCUCUGUGUGUGUGGGUGUUAUCUGCUUUUUCUUCUAUGAAUUGCAAUAUCUAUAAAUAUCAAUAUGUUCAUUAUAAGA